AAAGACUUAUGAGUUAUUUUGAUAAAUGGGGUUAUGAAGAUAUUCGAACUAAAGAAUUAGAUGAUCUCUGUGAGAUCAAAUAUUAAGGAAUUCAAUCAUUCUAAGACAUUACGUUAAUCAAACAAUAGUAUUUAUUUAUAAUACAAAUUAUAGACUUGAAUUAAUGAAGUUUCAAUCUUAAUAAUUAAGAGAAUAAGUUGAAGUCAAAAGAGAAAAUUUAUAAAAUAUCAAAGAAUUAACUAAAAAUUUUGAAUUGCUAUUAGAUUAAGAAUCUCAAGAUGUUGAAAAAAAAAUUGAAUUGGAGAGGAAAACCAAUAAUGAACUUAGUCAAUAUCAUGUUAAAAAAUAAGCAAUUCCUCAUCUUGAAGAUUUAUAGUAAUACAUUAUUCCAUUAAAUGAGAAGGUGAAUUUAUAUUAACAAAUAUAAAAUAAAAGAAAAGAAUUAUUUGGAGAAAACUAUACAUUAAUGCCUCCUUAAGUAAUUAUAUUAAAUAUUUAAUUAUUUAGACAUUUAAGGAUGCUUUAAAAGAGAAUUAUGAUUUAAAAUAAUAGUUGCAUGAAUUAAAAAUGAAGAUAAAGCAAUGAAAAAUUAAUCUAUAUUAG